CAAGCAGAAGACAUACAGCAGAAACUGCAGCGAUGGCAAGAACCAAGCAGACCGCUCGUAAAUCCACCGGUGGCAAAGCCCCGAGGAAGCAGCUCGCGACUAAAGCAGCGCGGAAGAGCGCGCCCGCCACCGGCGGCGUCAAGAAGCCCCAUCGGUACCGGCCCGGGACCGUGGCUCUGCGGGAGAUCCGCCGUUAUCAGAAGUCCACCGAGCUGCUGAUCCGCAAACUGCCUUUCCAGCGGCUGGUGAGAGAAAUCGCCCAGGACUUUAAGACGGACCUGCGCUUCCAGAGCUCCGCUGUCAUGGCCCUGCAGGAGGCCAGCGAGGCUUAUCUGGUGGGUCUGUUUGAGGACACCAACCUGUGCGCCUAUCUUGUGAACAUGUCUGGAAGAGGCAAAGGCGGGAAAGGGCUUGGAAAAGGAGGCGCGAAGCGUCAUCGUAAAGUUCUGCGCGAUAACAUCCAGGGAAUCACCAAACCCGCCAUUCGGCGUCUGGCUCGUCGCGGCGGCGUCAAGCGCAUCUCCGGGCUGAUCUACGAGGAGACCCGUGGUGUGCUGAAGGUGUUUCUGGAGAACGUGAUUCGCGAUGCCGUCACCUACACCGAGCACGCCAAGAGAAAGACCGUCACCGCCAUGGAUGUUGUGUACGCGCUGAAGCGGCAGGGACGCACCUUGUACGGCUUCGGGGGAUAAACGCCUGAAACCCGGAGAAUCUGACGGACCCAACGGCUCUUUUAAGAGCCACACACUCCCGCACUUAAAGAGUUGAUGUCAAUCAUUCAGUGAAAAAAAUAACACUGAUUUCUAGAUCGAGAGCGUUCUUAAUGAGCUCUUAAAUUAAGAUUAACAUAUCAAAAUAGUAAGAAUAUUUUCACUUUCACAGAGGAGCCCGAAAAAUACAAUAUUUUAACAAGUUAUUCCAUUUACAGAUGCUGAAAUGUGGUAAACGAAAUUAAUAAAUGAC